UGGAAGUGGCGGUUGAAUCGUAUGGGAAACGUGAUGUGAGCAUAUUCGUUCUUUUUAAUGUAAGUAGAUGUCACCUAGAAGAAAUAAGUUAUAUCGUAGACGUUUUCGUAGUGUACAGAAUGAUAUUUUGGCUGUAGAUGAAGAUAUUAAACCGGCGUAUAUUUGGGAUGUUUACAACGCUACGUCGCAAGAAGUGAAGGAAUACUUGAAUGAAUUACACGUGGCUUCCAUCAUCCAUAACCCUUUACAAGUACUAAGAGUGAAAGAUACAUUAAUGGUCACGUGGCCAAUUCGUCUUGUUAAUUACUUGCAAAAUAUAAUCGUAGACGACGAUUGUGCUUUCGUCGACAUCACCAAUAAUACCGCUCCGUCUGUAUUAAAAGAAUAUAAAAAUUUACAAGCCAUUGAAGAUAUGGUGGAAAAUGUGAUAAAACAGUUAAAAGAAAUAAUAAAUCUGUCUCUCGAUUCUGAAUUGGAAAUUAUAUGUGAUACUAAAUGGAAUCUUACCUCGUUAUUUGGUAUUUUAUCUGGAUAUCCAGUUGUUUAUUGGUAUGAUUGUGAAAUGGAAAAAAGUACGUCCAUUUCUUGUCUGUUUACGUCCACAUUGAAAAUUUAUCAUGUCUGGGCUAGUAUUUCUGCCGGAAAACCAAAUCACAGGAUAUAUUCCUUUAGCAUUCCGGAAAGUCUGGUCACGGAGGUCCGUUGCCAUGUUUCCGCCUGGUUCGACAAGCUCGUUUCUAGAGUGAGAGACACAAAUGGUGUUUUUGAGUCUCUACAACUCACACGCAAGGUGACGGAACUAUAUUCUGUAGCAUUGUGAUAGAUUACAUUUUGUAUACGGUAUUUUUUAAUUUAAAUUUAUAUAUUUGGAAUACAGAAUUUAAUAAAUGGUCCUUAUUACAUAAUGAGAAAAUAAUUCAUUUUUUAAUGUAACUUUUAUGUACCGUUGGUAAUGGUAAUCUCUGUUUGUUAUAUUUUUUCGAGAAACCUGGUCAUCCAGAUAAUUUUAUACAUUCUGUUAAAAGUUGUAGUCAAACUGUUGUACCAUCAAAUACUUUUUAAUAUAAGAAAUAACUGUUUUGUAGUCAAGACCGAGAAAAUUAUUUGUAUUUAAAAAUUAAAUAUCGAGCAUUCGAAACAGUCGAAAUAAC